AUGGCUUUGGAUAAGCAAAGAAUUUUGAACGAACUAGGAAGUGUUGUUAAUCAACUGCAAAGCGCUGACUGCGGGUGUAUGGGAAAGUUAUUUACGAAUCCUGGUCACCCAAACAGCAACGGCAAUUAUCAAAAUGCACCUGUUAACCCGGCACCUGAUGGUUGCAUGCGAGGCUGUCACCAUGGACAUGGCUGGGGACAUGGAUGUCACGGGUAUAAUGCACCAGGAUCAGGGGAACCAUUUUCGGGUAACAGAAAUUGCAUGGGAUUUUGCAAUCCUCCGAAACUCUACGCCGACACUUAUAAUUACUUAAAUCAUAACUUGAUGCAACCGGUUGUUAAAGAAGUUUACGAUGAUCUUAAAUCGAUAACACCAUGCAAUACAGUGAUGAACAGUCCAAUGGCUGCUCAAAUGGGUUUAAGACAGCUAGUAAUCCAAACCCAAUGGCACCAGGCGCCAUGGGAGGUGGUAUGGGAAAUACAGCUCCUAAUCAUAUGUCUCCAGGAAUGGGAACUACUAAUAAUAUAUCGAAUCAUCAUCACGGACCGAAUGUCCGUUUUGGUAAUCCCGACAUGGAAAAUAAUCCCAUGCACAUGAGUAACGCAAAUUCUCAGCAACAGCAAAUGGGACAAGUAGGUCAACCUAUGAGUGGAAUGGGAGCUAAUAUUGUUAAUAUGAUGAUGAGUGAUUCAAAACCAAGGAAUUUCCCAAAUCAGGGUAACGUUCAAAGAGGUAUGAGCAACGUUCCUCCACAAUCACCCGAAAUGAAUCUGACCUCGAAUACAAAUGGUAACCCAGGGCAGUAUAAUUCGGGAAUGCCUGGUAGUUCAGGGCAGUUUAAUAACAUGAUGCAGGGAAGUCCAGGAGCUCAAAUGCAGAAUCCAAAUACUCAACAUAUGUCUCAACCGAACAUGUACGCUGGUGCGAAUGCAAACAUACAAGGAAACCCAAUGAAUGGGAAUAUCAAUCAAAUGAAUCCUGGCUUAUUACAAAAAGGCCAACCACAAAUGAAUGCUCCUAAUGUUUAUGGCCAGCACAGUGCGGGUAUAGCUAAGUUUAAUGAAAUGUUCCCAGGUGUAAUGCAAGGUGGAGAUCUUGGAUUUGAUCCGAUGGCAAUUGCUAUUCAGAUGAAUCCAGCGAACCAGCAAAAGGCUGCUAUGGACACUAUGCAAAAAAUGAUGAUGGGUAAUGGUGCCAAUAAAUUAAAUCCUUCACUAUUACAACCUGUUAUUAACGCCACAAAUGUGGCGAUGACUAAUUUAUCACAACCACCAGUAAAUCAAGUUACUGAUCAACAAAAUAUACAUCCUUCUACUACUCAACAACCUGGUGGUAACGUUGGAGCAGUAGCAGCUCAAAAUCAGCAAGUACCACAGCAGCAAGUGUAUACUGCUGUUACUGGUGUUCCAAUAACUAAUCAGCAAAAUGUACCCCAAGGACAAGUCCCCUUGCUACAGUAUCAGGGGCAACAUCAACAACAACAGCAAAUGGUGGCUCCUAAAACAGGAGCGACUGUCUCUGGUACUCUUCCGACAGUAUAUGAAAAUACAGAGGACCUUAAAGUCAGCCUGGAAGGUUCACCGCCAACUCGAUCAAUGCCUCAAACUACAAAUCAAAUGGUUAAAGAGCCUAUAUUUCCUGCGGAUACUUCUAAAAACAUGCCACCUGGUAAUAUGAAUUCAAAGCCCCAAAAAUUUUACCAUUACAAUACUUUGGGCCAACCAGUUGAAAUGCUUCCGGCAGAUGUUUAUCGUUUUCAAGAACCAAGUCUACCGCAAACUUUGUCACCUCAGUCGAUUGCAAGAACUAAUCCAGGUAGAUAUAGCAACGUGAAGUCCACUGUGAGCAAAACUUCGCUAAUGGGAAAUCGUUCAGGUGGCGGAACACCAAGUAGGAGUCAGUUACAACACAUUUAUAAUCAAUAUAAAGGCUCCCAAUCAUACACGCAACAGAACAUUAAACCCCCUGAUAAUGGAAAUUCUCAUUCCGAUGGUCACCUUAAUAUUUCCAAAGCUAAUAAUAAUCGUCAAGCCCCUAUUGAAAGAGUUGGAGGAGAUAGCGCAGCAAAUAAUAAUAUCAAUAUUAACAAUUAUGCGGCUGAGCUAAAGCCGGGACAAGUUGGAGAUGUGCCUGUUUCCAACAAACCCCCUGCUGAUAACGAAAAGACGCCUGCAAAUCGUUCAAAAGUUCGAAACGGCCUACAAGAUCAGACCUUUACGGCUUACGCUACUUCAGCUGCUUGGUCUUUCCAUGGAGCAACUCCUGCGCCAUAUAUUCCAGCUGCAUAUCGUUAUCGAAGCAAAGUUUAA